CUGGCCAUGGGCAAAUUGUGCAAUAAUAACGUGUUAUCAGUUAGUUCAUUUUAUUAAUUAAAAAGCAGCUAAAAAUGAGUGGCUUAAGGUUUCAGAGCCUGCUGGCAGUGGGAGCAACUGCUCUAGGUGCGUUUUAUCUGGGCUCCUAUACAGAACGCCAACAAGGCAACAAUAACAAGGAAUCAGCUGGAUUGUGCCGCCUGCCUGGACUGCCCGUCUUUGGCACUGUCUCUGCAGCAGCACUAAUACCUCCCAGCGAGGUGAAUCUAAAUGCAACGCCCUCGCGCAUUUCACAGAUUAUGAAAUUUGGCUUCCCUGGGCUGGAUCAUGUGCGCUCACAGUCGGAUUACGUGCUGUCCUAUGACAGACGCAAUCGCAUACCUCAUUGGGUAUUUGAGCAUCUAACAGCCGCCUCGGUGGCCAAGAAUGAUGCAGUGGAUCGCGCCAAAUGCGACUUUAGACCAGACGAGAGCAUACAUCCCUUCUUCCGCGCUCAAAAUACAGACUAUCGCAAGUCAGGCUACGAUCGUGGUCAUAUGGCUGCAGCGGGCAAUCAUCGCCUGCAUCAGAAGCACUGCGACGACACCUUCUUGCUGUCCAACAUGGCACCCCAAGUGGGCCAGGGCUUUAAUCGCGAUGCCUGGAACUCGCUGGAGAUGUAUGUGAGGAAAUUGACGCAAAGCUAUGCGAAUGUCUACGUCUGCACGGGACCACUGUACCUGCCACAUAAAGAGGACGAUGGCAAGAUGUAUGUCAAGUAUGAAGUAAUUGGCUCCAACACGGUAGCUGUGCCCACGCACUUCUACAAAGUUAUAGUCAGCGAAGCUGCAGACCAAAGGCUACACAUGGAGUCCUACAUAAUGCCCAACAAGGUGAUUAGCAAUGAUACACCGCUGCAGGUGUUCCAGGUGCCACCAGAGUCAGUGGAGCGAGCAGCGGGUUUGCUGUUCUUCGAUCAAAUCAACAGAAAGCAGCUGGCAACGAUAAACGGCAAAAAGGUGUAAGCAAUGAUUUUAUAGUUAUUUUAAUAAA